AUGGUGGACAGAUUAUUAGCCUCCAACUUACCGAGCACUAGCGCCCACCAAGUCUGCAAGGACAGUAUCAGCGACAAUCUGCAUGUAUUUCCUGACAUUUGUGAGAGGUGUAGGAAAAUCGGCGUGAUUGGGGACUUCAUGGAGCAACCAGGCGCCAAGCUAGAAAUUGUGAAGGCGUGGGCCCACGGCAAGCAAAACUCUUCAAAACCUGACGAGGACACCGGGUUAUCCAAUGAUAACAACAAGGGUGUCAGGGAAGAGGAUGCAUCAAACGAAACCAGCAAGUUGCAGACCACCGAGGCCUUCCUCCUCGAAGACAGUGGCGGCACUACAACCACGUGUGCCACAAGUAUUCCAGAUACGUCGACCCCGAAAAGUCGAGCUUCAAGUUCAACCACGAAUGGAGCGGCACCAGACCUGGCUCAAAUCAAAAUGCGGAUUGCAGCUUUGAUGACUAGAACAGAACGCUUACUCACCAAGAUCCGAGGUCAGAAACCUCCCACACUGGGCUGA